AUGUCUUUGGAAAGUCUCUCAUCGCAGACAACAGAUGACUUGCACAGGAAAUUAGAAGUAUACAUAAGUAAAAAGAAGAAAUUAGAGAUGGAGUUGCAUUCUAUAGAAAAGAAGAUUUAUGCGUAUGAAGGACUUCUUUUAGAUGAAAAUGGACCGCGUGGUAUAUUCAGAAAACAAGAUGGAUACACAUUUAGAAAGGAAAGGAAAGUGGGAAUUAAUGACUGUGAUAGACCAUUCUCAAUGGACCUUCCUGAAUAAACAUGUGAAUAACCCUGAAUAAUUCAGUGAUUCAGUAAACAAAUAAAUGAGUAUGUGAAU